AUGGCAGGAAGUAUGGAUGCCGUUGGCAAUAUUCUCCCAAAUGUCCUCAAGGCUGAAGCCUCUGACGACAAAGAUGAGUUUGCUAGAAUGCAAUCUUUCGUAGGAGCUAUUGCAGUUGCAGACAUUGUCAAGACAACCCUUGGUCCAAAAGGAAUGGACAAGAUUUUACAAUCAACCGAUGAAAACAAGCGCCACAUUAUUACUGUGACAAAUGAUGGAGCAACCAUUUUGAAGAGUAUCAUGGUUGAUAACCCAGCCGCUAGAAUUCUUAUUGAUAUUUCUAAAACUCAGGAUGAAGAAGUAGGUGAUGGAACCACCACUGUUGCUGUGUUUGCAGGAGAGUUACUCAGAGAAGCCGAGAAAUUGACCCAAAUGAGAAUCCAUCCUCAAACUAUUAUUGCUGGAUGGAGGCUUGCUAAGGAUGCUGCUCUUACUAAACUCAAGGAAAUCUCUUGGAGCCAUGAAGAUGAUGAAUCAUUCAGAGAAGAUCUCCUUAACAUUGCUAGAACAACGCUCUCUUCCAAGCUCUUGACUGAUGACAGAGAGCAUUUCGCUCAAUUAGCAGUAGAUGCAGUUCUCAGAUUAAAGGGAGUUAAUAAUUUGGACUAUAUUAAAAUCAUCAAAAAGGCUGGUGGCACCAUGAAGGACUCCUUCCUUGCUGAAGGAUUCAUUCUUGAGAAAACUAUCUCAACUGGUUGUCCAAAGAGGUUGGAAAACCCCAAAAUUUUGAUUGCCAAUACUCCAAUGGACCACGAUAAAAUUAAAAUCUUCGGAUCAAAAGUCAGGACUGACUCCAUGCAGAAAGUAGCGGAAAUUGAAGAAGCUGAGAAAGGAAAGAUGAAGAAGAAGGUUGAGAAGAUUCUCGCUCACAAGCCAGACAUCUUCAUCAACAGACAGCUGAUCUACAAUUACCCAGAGCAAUUGAUGGCUGACGAAGGAGUUAUGGUCAUUGAGCAUGCUGACUUUGAUGGAACUGAGAGACUUUCCUCAGUUCUUGGAGCAGACAUCCUCUCCACUUUUGACAACCCAGAAGACGCUUCUCUCGGUCAAUGUGAAUUAGUAGAAGAGAUGAUGAUUGGAGAAGACAAGGUCAUUAAGUUCUCAGGCUGCGGAGGUAAAGCUUGCUCUGUUGUUCUAAGAGGAUCUGGUGCUCAUGUUCUUGACGAAGCAGAGAGAUCAUUGCAUGAUGCUCUCUGAGUACUCACUCAGACAGUUAUCAACCGUAAUGUUGUCUAUGGAGGAGGAAACUCAGAGAUCAGUAUGGCACUCGCUGUUGAUGAAAUUGCUAAAACAACUAAAGGAAAGCAAGCUCUUGCUAUUGAGGCUUUUGCUAGAGCUUUGAGAGCACUUCCAACUAUUAUGUGUGAUAAUGCUGGAUUUGAUAGCGCAGAAAUUGUCCAAAACUUGAGAAGUGAAAUAGCCAGUGGAAACACUACUGCAGGACUCAAUAUGGUUGAUGGUGAAGUAUCAAACAUGAAAACAGAGGGAAUCAAUGAAUGCUACAGAGUCAAAGAGCAAGCUCUUCAUUCUGCUUCCGAGGCAGCUGAAAUGAUUCUUAGAGUCGACGAAAUCGUCAGAUGUGCUCCAAGAAAAAGAGAAGGCUAA